AUGGCAGCCGACGCACCGCCACCAGCUCCUUCCUCGUCGUCCUCGGCCACUGCGAGCGCACAGCCUUCCAGCGACGCGGCUCCACCAGCACCCCCAGCACAGGAUCUUGCUCAGACGACCCGACCAAAUGGCGACGACAACGACAAUGACGACGAUCAAGGUAGCGCAGGCGAUGACGACGGCGACGACGACGACGCCCCACAGGCCGCCGGCGCAACCCUGACGGCAAAGCAGCGCAAGAAGAAGGAGAGCAAGGCAGCCGCAAAGCUCCGCAAAAAGCUCGGCCUGACCAGCUCAGCCACGCCCCAGACAAAGGCGGAAAAGGACGCCGCCAUGGUCGAGAGACAGAUCGCCGCCGCAUCCUCCCAAGAGGGCAACAUCUCGGACGAGGUCGUACAGCAGGUGCAGAACGCCGUGCAGCAGGAGCACGGAGCAGCCGCCGCCGCCAACGUCAACAAGGCCAACCUCGCCAAGGUCAUGGCCAUGAUGAACUUUGAAAAGGACCAGGUGCUCAAGGGCCAGGACGCAAAGCAAAAGACCCAAAAGGCCCUCGCCGACCACAAGUUCUGGAAGACGCAGCCCGUCAUGAAGCCCGGCGACAAGCCCUUGCUCCAGGAGGGCCCCAUCCAGCCAAACCAGCCGCCAGAAGAGGUCCGCGCAGAGCCCUACCCGCUGCCCCCAGACUUUGAGUGGGUUACCGUCGACAUCGACGACGAGGCGCAGCUCAAGGAGGUCUACGAUCUCCUCUCGGCAAACUACGUCGAGGACGACGACGCCAGCCUCCGCUUCAACUACUCGCCCGAGUUCCUCAACUGGGUCCUCAAGCACCCGGGCUACCGUCAGACGUGGCACAUCGGCGUCCGCGUAAAGUCGACCCGCAAGAUGGUCGCCUUCAUCUCGGGCAUCCCCCAUGAGCUGCGCGUCCGCGACCACUCGUACCACUCGACCGAGAUCAACUUUCUCGUCGUCCACAAGAAGCUGCGCAACAAGCGCCUCGCGCCCGUCCUCAUCAAGGAGGUCACGCGCCAGUGCCACCUCACCGGCGUCUUCCAGGCCAUCUACACGGCGGGCGCCGUGCUGCCGACGCCCUGCUCGACGGCGCGCUACUACCACCGCACCAUCAAUGCCCAGAAGCUCGUCGACGUCGGCUUCUCGGCCGUGCCGCACAAUAUGUCGAUGGACGCCCACAUCAAGCGCUUCGAGCUGCCCGCGUCCACCUCGACUGUCGGGCUGCGCGAGAUGGAGCGCAAGGACGUCCCGGCGGUCGGCAGGCUGCUGCGGCGCUACAUGCGCCGAUUCGACAUGGCGCCGCGGUUCUCCGACGAGGAGGUGUCGCACAUCUUCCUCAGCGGCCGCGGCGUCGACGUCGGCGGCAAGCGGCAGAAGCAGGUGACGUGGACAUACGUCGUCGAGGAACCCAGCACGCAACGCAUCACCGACGUCUUUUCCUUCUACAGCCUGCCCUCCUCGAUCCUCGACAACCCGAAGCACAAGACCCUCGACGCGGCCUACAUGUUCUACUACGCCACCGACGUCGUCUUCCGGGACAGGGAGGGCAACUUUGAGGCAGGAGCCGAGCAUCGCGGCGCACCGGCCGCCUCGGACGAGCCGAGCGGGUCGUGCUCCAACCUCAGCCCGCUGGCCAAGGCCAAGUCGAGCGGCGUGCCCGAGUGGAAGCAGAGCCACCUCACCGGACUGAGCCCGAGCGAGAUGCGCGACGAGGACAAGGUGACGCGGUGGGACAGGGAGGACCGCGACGUCAAGCAGCGCCUCAAGCGCAGGCUCAACCAGCUCUGCGGCGAUGCGCUCAUCAUUGCCCGCGACUACGGCUUCGACGUCGUCAACUGCCUCACAGUCAUGGACAACUCCCUCUUCCUGCAGGAGCAAAAGUUCGGACCGGGCGACGGCUUCCUCCGCUUCUACCUCUUUAACUGGAGGGUGCUCCCGAUUGCCGGUGGAAUGGGAUCUCGACCGGGUGAGACGGAACUCGAUCCCGUCGCGCAACACCUCAAGUCCGUCAUCAAGCAGGACGAUCCGAACGUCAAGCCCCUCGCCGAGGAGCUCAUCAGGAGGAGCGCAAGGAGCCCCACCGAAAUCGGAUCCGGAAACGGCAUCGUCAUGGUCUAG